AUGCUACUCUAUCCUCUACAGAGGACACCAUCCUUCAUGGCAGUUGAAGCACAGCUGCUCCUCUACUGGGAUCAGUUACCUGGGAAACCGCCGUUUCUUCACAACUUCCUGCACGAUAUUGAAGGUCUUUGGUGGAUCAUGAUGUCCAACCUCUAUUCCACCACUCCUGCAGCAACAAAAGCCAACAUUUCGCCUGAAGUUAUUGUGAAUCGACAAGAAAAGGCUAACAAUCUCUUCCUGUCAACAGUCAAAGGCAAUAUGGAACGACAUGCUUUCUUCACCUUCACUGUACGACAUGAGGAGUAUAAACAGUCCCUUCCCUUGGAAUACCAAGAAGUUGCCGAUGCAAUGGCAAUUGCUUGUGAAGUCUUGUGGGAACUUUACACGAAAGUGCGUCCAGAGGUCUUGGAGGACAAAGCCUUUGCAGGUGUGCACGAUCAACUGAUCCUGUGUUUUAAGAAAAUAAGGGAUUGUGGUGUGGAGGUGGUGGUUCUGUUGCAUGAUUUGCUGGAGGAGAAGAAGAAGGAGGCGGAGAAGGAGAAAAAGGAGGCAGAGACAUCAGUAAAAGAGCGGACCUCCUUACGUGGUUUUUCAAGGAGGAUAAGGAGGAUAAGGAGGCAAGGAACAGAACUUUUUCGCUGA